UCAAUUAACACUUCGCUAUUAAAAUUUUGGCACUCCUGAAAAAGACGAUCGCCUUCCCCAACACAGAGUGAAACCCUGCUCUUCUCGAGAAAUACGAAUCAGCCAUGGCGGCCUCCGGCGGAGAAAUCAAGAAAUCAGCAAGACUAGCGAUGAUGGAGCUCUCGAACAUGCUCUCCGUUCCCAUGGCCCUCAACGCCAUCGUCCGCCUCAACGUCCCCGAUGCCAUCUGGCAAUCCGGAUCUAAUUCCCCUCUCAGCGCAGCGGAAAUCCUCGCACAUCUCAACCUCUCCUCCUCCGCCUCCCCUUCUAACCUCCAACGCCUCCUCCGCCUCCUCUCCAGCCACAACGUCUUCGCCGAACACCACGAUGGCGUCGAUCGCCGCUACAGCCUCACCGAGAUCGGACGAACCCUAGUCGCCGAUGACGAUGAGUCCAACGGAGGCGUAUCGUACGCGCCGUACGUGCUGCAGCACCACCAGGACGCUCUGGUGCGGGCCUGGCCGUUGCUGCACGAGGCGGUCCUGGAUCCCGACGGGCCGGAACCGUUCUCGCGGGCGAACGGCGGCGUCCCGGCCUAUUCGUAUUAUGGAGGAGACGAUGCGGCGAAUGAUUUGAUGCGGAGAGCGAUGUGGGGCGUUUCGGUCCCGUUCAUGGAGGCUUUUCUUGGUGAGUACGGCGCGGCCGGGGGAUUGGAUGGGGUUGGGACGAUCGUUGAUGUUGGAGGGAGUUCGGGGGCGUGUCUUCAGAUGAUCAUGCGAAGUGUACCUGGAAUUAAGGCUGGAAUUAACUUCGACUUGCCGGAGGUCGUCGCCGGAGCGCCGGCGUUUCAUGGUGUAACGCAUGUGGGCGGGGAUAUGUUCAAGUCCAUCCCAAACGGUGACGCCAUCUUCAUGAAGUGGGUGUUGACGACAUGGACUGAUGAAGAGUGCCAGUUGAUAUUGAAGAACUGCUAUAAUGCUCUGCCAGUCGAUGGGAAGGUGAUUGCGUGCGAGCCAGUGGUGCCAGAGAGGACUGACAGCAGCCAGAGAACUCGAGCCCUGCUUGAAGGCGAUAUCUUUGUGAUGACCAUUUAUCGUUCUCAGGGUAAGGAGCGCACAGAGGAGGAAUUCAAGCAGCUCGGCCUCGCUGCUGGCUUUCCCAGCUUUAGAGCCCUUUAUCUUGACCAUUUCUAUACUGUUCUAGAGUUCCAGAAGUAAUAGCUCGCCAUAUCAGAAACGAUAAGCUCGACAAGCUUCAGAUUAUUAUGUGCUUUUCAUGUUAUAAUAAGAUGGAGUAAUCGCUUUUGUAUUGGUUGCAUUGCUAUUGUUCUUUUUCCUUUUUUUUUUUUGCC